UAUCUCCCCUAGUUGUCUCGACGGGAAGAAGAAGUCGGCGGCUUGUCAAAGGUCCCUUCCAAACCCCAUGACCACACAGCAGCACCCUGCGGCAGGGGACUGCACCCUCGGGAGUCGAGUGCCCACCUCUGGGGAGCACCAUGACAACGUUAGAUUACUGAACUACACGCAGAACAAAAUGGGGAUCAUUAUUGAAGAAUUGGACAGAGAAAGAGAGAGCGGAGAUGAAGGGGAGAAGUUAUGUAAGAAGCUUCCUGGUGACGCCAUUGAGGACCAGCAGAGGUCGGGCCAGGUGACUGAACCUCGCGUCGCCGACUCCAAUUGGACGGUUGCCCUGGGCGCUUUCAUUAUAAUGAUGAUGAUUAACAUGGUGGGUCCCUGCUUCAGCAUCAUCUUCUCUCCGUUCCUCUUGGACUUGGGAGCAUCGUCAACUACCGUCGGCUGGAUAUUCAACUCCAUGUUGUUGCUGUGGUUUACCUGUGGGGUGUAUGUCGGCCCCUUGGUGGAGGAGUACAGCUGGCGAGGCGUGGCCAUGGCUUGCUCCGUCACCUUCGCCUGCUCCUUGGCUCUCUCAGCCUUCGCCACCUCGCCCUUGUACCUCUUCUUCUCCUACUCCGUCCUCUGCGGGAUUAGCGGAGGUUUGCUGAACACCCUGGGGUUCCUCAUCGUACCGCACUACUGCACGCGUCACAGGGGAGUGGCCAAUGCCUGCAUGACGGCUGGCGCCUGCAUGGGACAGAUGUUAGGUCCUCUUCUCAUUGGGUUCCUGCAAGACGAGUUUGGUUUCUUUGGCGCCACGUUCAUCUUGGGCGCUAUCAUGCUUCACUGCUGCGUUGGUGCCUCAUUUUUCCGUCCACUUCAGGGCCAAACAAGAACCUCGGAGAAACCUGACCACCUUGAAGCAGAUGCCGCUGAGACUGCGGAGAAUAAGAGUACGUGUAGUUUCUCGAACAAUGCCUUCCUACGCGUACUUUACAAAAGUGCGUCGAAUCUCUCCGUACUGAAGUCCCCGCCAGCGGCCAUCAUUGCUAUAGGAGGAGUAUUCAUGCUAAAUAGUUAUUUGAACUUCAUGGCUCUUAUGCCAUUCGCGAUGCUGGCGGCAGGUCACUCCAUCCACACAGCCAGCUUAUACCUAACAGUUUCGGCAGUAUGUAAUCUGAUGGCUCGCCUUACUGUGUCCGUGCUGUCCGACUGGUCAAAGUUCAGCAUGCGGGGGUGUUGCAUGACCAGCGUUGCAGCCACCGUUGUUUCCACUCUCGCCUUCAGUGUGGUGGCAGAGGCGAGAUGGCGGACAUUUAUCAUGGGGGUGUGGGGGUGCGGCGUGGGCGGCUACAUGGGACUGUUUAACCUCAUCAUUGUUCACUACAUGGGCCUCGACAAGCUAGCCUCCACCAUGGGCACCACACUCUUGUUGGUUGGUUGUGGCUUCAUUACCAUCGGCCCCUGCAUAGGAGUGAUCCGAGAUGUCAGUGGAAGCUACGCUGUCAGCAUGUGGGUGUUGGCUGGGCUGGCCAGCACCUGCUUCACCCUCUGGAUCUUCAUGCCAGCUGCCACUCGCUACCAUCACAAGUCUCUUAAGACAUCACCAUAACAUCUUGCAGUCACUCUUGGCCUGCUCAAGCAAGUUGUUGCAUUUACAUAAAUUUUUCAUGAAUAUUGGUCAGGAACCAGCAAAUUAGAUGCACACAACAAUACACACUGCAAGCAAUGUGUGUGUGCAUGUGCAUUCGUGGUAGAAGCAUUUCAUAAAGCAAUAACAUCUGUACUGUGUAUGCAUUACCCCAAAAAAACUGCCUGAAUUUUGUAUGUUGAUAUUUUUUGUUCUAUUUUGUCAAUUCUAAGAUUGUUUUAUAAAUAUACAAAUUUGUAGUGCACCUGAUCCUGUUUUUUAAUAUUUACUUCUAAUAUGUUACUACAUACAAUCUCAGGGCUAUAUGCAACAUGUACUGGCUUAUCAUUUUUCAUUUGAUAAUUUUACCAAUACAAUACUCACUUGCAUAGU